UAUUCUCUCUCUGAUCACUCUCUUAUUUCUCUUCAGAGCCUGAUGAGGUCAGACUGGUGGGAGGAGAGAGUCGCUGUGCAGGAACUCUAAGCGUGAAACAUCGAGGAGAAUGGAGACCAGUGUGGGACUAUCCCUGGACCCUGAAGGCAGCAGCUGUUGCCUGCAGAGAGCUAAACUGUGGUUCUGCUGUUUCUGUAGGAGAUAGAAUAUCCUCAUUCAGACCUGUGUGGGGGAUCCUGUCUGACUAUGCUCAGUCUGGAUCUGCUCUGAGGGAGGGUGCAGUAUCAAGUUACUCUUCCAACUUCCUGACUCUUACCUGUUCAGACUCUGUCAGGCUGCUGAAUGGGACCAGUCAGUGUUCAGGUAGACUGGAGGUGAAGUCUAACCAGUCUGACCCAUCCUGGUCCUCAGUGUGUGAGGCUGACUUUGACCAGCAGGAUGCUCAGGUGGUCUGCAGGCAGCUUGGCUGUGGGGCUCCUUCAGUCCUCCAGGGGGUGCUCUAUGGAGAAGGGGAGGCUCCAAUGUGGACCAAAGAGUUCCAGUGUGGAGGCAAUGAGUCUGCUCUCCUGGACUGUAGCUCAGCCUCAGAGAGAAACACCUGCUCACCUGGCAGAGCUGUUGGCCUCACCUGCUCAGAGCUGGUCAGACUGGUGGGAGGAGAGAGUCGCUGUUCAGGAGCUCUGGAGCUGAAAUAUCACGGGGAAUGGAGACCAGUGUGGGUCCCUCUCUGGACUCUGCAGGCAGCAGGUGUUGCCUGCAGAGAGCUGGACUGUGGCUCUGCUGUUUCUGUAGGAGAUAGAAAGUCCUCAUUCAGACCUGUGUGGGGGAUCCUGUCUGACUGUGCCCAGUCUGUAUCUGCUCUAAGGGAGUGUGCAGUAUCAAACUCUGUCAUGCUGCUGAAUGGGACCAGUCAGUGUUCAGGUAGACUGGAGGUGAAGUCUAACCAGUCUGACCCAUCCUGGUCCUCAGUGUGUGAGGCUGACUUUGACCAGCAGGAUGCUCAGGUGGUCUGCAGGCAGCUUGGCUGUGGGGCUCCUUCAGUCCUCCAGGGGAUGCUCUAUGGAGAAGGGGAGGCUCCAAUGUGGACCAAAGAGUUCCAGUGUGGAGGCCAUGAGUCUGCUCUCCUGGACUGUAGCUCAGCCUCAGAGAGAAACACCUGCUCACCUGGCAGAGCUGUUGGCCUCACCUGCUCAGAGCCGGUCAGACUGGUGGGAGGAGAGAGUCGCUGUUCAGGAGCUCUGGAGCUGAAACAUCACGGGGAAUGGAGACCAGUGUGGGUCCCUCUCUGGACUCUGGAGGCUGCAGGUGUUGCCUGCAGAGAGCUGGACUGUGGCUCUGCUGUUUCUGUAGGAGAGAGAAAGUCCUCAUUCAGACCUGUGUGGGGGAUCCUGUCUGACUGUGCCCAGUCUGUAUCUGCUCUGAGGGAGUGUGCAGUAUCAAGUUACACUUCCAACUUCCUGACUCUUACCUGUUCAGACUCUGUCAGGCUGGUGAAUGGGACCAGUCUGUGCUCAGGUAGACUGGAGGUGAAGUCUAACCAGUCUAACCCGUCCUGGUCCUCAGUGUGUGAGGCUGACUUUGACCUGCAGGAUGCUCAGGUGGUCUGCAGGCAGCUUGGCUGUGGGGCUCCUUCAGUCCUCCAGGGGGCGCUCUAUGGAGAAGGGGAGGCUCCAAUGUGGACCAAAGAGUUCCAGUGUGGAGGCAAUGAGUCUGCUCUCCUGGACUGUAGCUCAGCCUCAGAGAGAAACACCUGCUCACCUGGCAGAGCUGUUGGCCUCACCUGCUCAGAGCCGGUCAGACUGGUGGGAGGAGAGAGUCGCUGUUCAGGAGCUCUGGAGCUGAAACAUCACGGGGAAUGGAGACCAGUGUGGGUCCCUCUCUGGACUCUGGAGGCAGCAGAUGAUGCCUGCAGAGAGCUGGACUGUGGCUCUGCUGUUUCUGUAGAAGAGAGAAAUUCCUCAUUCAGACCUGUGUGGGGGAUCCUGUCUGACUGUGCUCGGUCUGGAUCUGCUCUGAGGGAGUGUGUAGUAUCAAGUUAUUCGUCCAACUUCCUGACUAUUACCUGUUCAGACUCUGUCAGGCUGGUGAAUGGGACCAGUCUCUGCUCAGGUAGACUGGAGGUGAAGUCUAACCAGUCUAACCCGUCCUGGUCCUCAGUGUGUGAGGCUGACUUUGACCAGCAGGAUGCUCAGGUGGUCUGCAGGCAGCUUGGCUGUGGGGCUCCUUCAGUCCUCCAGGGGGCGCUCUAUGGAGAAGGGGAGGCUCCAAUGUGGACCAAAGAGUUCCAGUGUGGAGGCAAUGAGUCUGCUCUCCUGGACUGUAGCUCAGCCUCAGAGAGAAACACCUGCUCACCUGGCAGAGCUGUUGGCCUCACCUGCUCAGAGCCGGUCAGACUGGUGGGAGGAGAGAGUCGCUGUUCAGGAGCUCUGGAGCUGAAACAUCACGGGGAAUGGAGACCAGUGGGGUCCCUCUCUGGACUCGGAGGCAGCAGCUGUUGCCUGCAGAGAGCUGGACUGUGGCUCUGCUGUUUCUGUAACUCAGUGACGGUUCCCUGGCUGGCGAACAACAUGAGCGCAGACCACGAGGACGUUCAUGUUCCCGUGAAGAAAAGCAAACCCAAACAAACCAAAGUGGUGACGUUCUGA